GAUGAUUCUUUUGGGAAUGCUGGGUUCGAUCCAAUUGCCGCCCUCCCUCGUCCGUCGCAUUUCCGGCGGCGGCGCUCGCCAUGCCAUUGUCCUGCCUACGUCCCACCUACGUCCCAUCAACGACCGCUUCGAGCUCUCCCUCAUCCUCCCUUCUUCUUAGGUUAAUACGAUCCUCUUCCUCUUCCAUCCUCUUCCGACGAUCUGUCACCGCAUCCUCCUGCUUCACCAACAUAGGUAGAUCCCUUUGCAGCGCCGCCGGCCGCAUAGCGGAUUUGAUCAAAAUACUGGCUCCUCUCGACCAGGUCUUCCGCAGCGACUCCCGUGCUAGAUUUUACGUCAAUUCGCUCAGGAAAUGCCUCCGUUUCGGGGAUCAUCGCACGGUUGGCUCGCUCCAUGCGCGCUUGAUCUCUCGCGGAUUCGAAUCCGAUCUCCUAUUGUCCAAUGUCUUGAUGGAUAUGUACGCAAAACUUGAGCUGAUGAAUAGUUGCUCCAAACUGUUCGAUGGAAUGAACGAAAGAGAUUUGAUCUCCUGGUGUACCCUGAUAUCUGGCUUCGUGCGCGAUGGAGCUAGUUUUCAGGCCUAUAGCGCGUUCCGGCAGAUGCUAAGGAUCGGUUGGAUUCCUAACCAUUUUGUGGUGUCUUCGGUUUUGAACGCGUGUUCUACCUUGGGAAUUCUUCAACCAGGACUCCUCGUUCAUGGGUUCAUUGUUAAGAGCGGUUUGGGAUUUGAUAGGUUUGUGGAGGUUGGGCUUGUCAAUUUGUAUGCUAGAUAUGGGGAUUUGGAUUGCGCACUGAAGUUGUUCUAUGAAAUUCCUGUGAAGAACCUGGUCACUUGGAACGCUAUGAUCUCUGGCUAUUUUUUGAAUGGUUUCCUUAUCCAGGCAGUGGAGCUCUGCAGGGAUGUGUGCCGUGUUGGGUUUGUCAUGGACUCAGUAACAUUGAGAGUUGUCAUGGCUGCUGCAUCAGCCUUGCAGAAUUUGGAGCUUUGCCAGAACCUUCAUGUGUACUCCAUUAAAGUUGGCCUGGAUUCUGAUAGCUUUGUUGUUGUUGAACUUGUGAAGUUGUUGACCGAGCUUGGGGAUGUAGAUUACAUGCGCAAGCUUCACAGAAAGAUUAAAAGACCAGAUGUCUCCUUGUAUUCUUUACUUAUUUCAGGGUAUCAUUUUUGUGGUUGCAGAGAGGAGGCUGUGAAUCUUGCUGAAGAACUUCUUAACUUGAAUGCGAGUAUGAAAGAAGGAGCUUUUGUCAAUGUUUUAAGACUAUGCUUUUGCAAAGAGGAGGGAACUCAGGUUCAUGCAAAGAUCUUGAAAACUGGUCAUUUGUCUUAUCUUUCAGUGGGAAAUGCUUUGAUUUCAUUGUAUGCAAGGUUUGGAGAUUUGUUUAAUGCCAAACUAGCAUUUGAUAACAUGAGAGCUCAUGAUGUUGUCUCAUGGACAGCAAUCAUGGCAGGACUUGUUCAAAAUUUACUAUUCUUUGAAGCUAUUGAGGUUUUCUCUUCUUUUCGAAGUACUGGAAAACUUUUGGACAAUCAAUGUCUAGUAACAUCUAUAAAUGCCUGUACUGGCCUUAGAGAUGUAGUCAUUGGCAGUCAGAUUCAUUGUCUAGCUCUAAAGCAUGGACUUGGACUUUGCAACUACAUGAAUGCAUCUAUGAUCGAUAUGUAUGCUAAACUUGGAUACAUUAGCAGUUCUGCAAGGCUCUUUUCCUACUUACUGCCACCUCAUAGUCCAAUUCUCAUAAAUGUAAUGCUUUCUGGCUAUUGUUGGAACUCUCAACCAGAGAAAGCUAUUGACCUUUUUGGUAGGGAAUACCGGUUGGGCUUUGUCCCUGAUCGCUUCAGCUAUUCUACUAUUCUUAGUGCUUGCGCCAAUGUGCAAUUUAAGAAGGUGGGUGAGCAAUUUCAUUGUUGCACAGUCAAGACUGGCUUUGAGCUCUCUGAUGUUGUCGUUGGAAAUGCAAUUAUAAACCUUUAUGUUAAAUGUGAGUGCAUGGCCAGUGCUUGCAAAUUCUUUUACAAUAUGAAAAAUUGGAAUGCUUAUUCAUGCAUGGCAUUGAUGCUGGGCUACAUUGAGAAUGGAAGAAGUGAAUCUCAGAAAGUGUACUCUCAGAUGCAGCAAAGUGGUUUGCAAUCAGAACCAAUUUCUUUUGCCAGAGUUGCAGUUGAUCUUGGUCGACAGAUCCAUGGCAUCAUUGUCAAGAUUGGCCUGGAUUCAGAUGCCAACAUCAGAGAUGCAUUUGUAGGAGCUUAUGAAAAAUCUUUAAAUGCUGACAAAUUAAAGGAAGCUUCUGAUUUUAUGUCAGAAAGGGAAGAUGAGAAGCAAGACUACGUAUUUGCUGGGUUCAUAGAGAAUGCUAAUGCGGGGUGGAAUCUUAAAGCUUUUGGUCUAUAUAAUGUGGACAAGUUGCGAAAGGGUACAUAUUCAUCUGAACGUUGGCUGAACUAUUACUCUGAUGAUAAUUAUGGUUCUCAGAUGCAUGAAAAUCAUGCUCCUCUACAUAUGAUGAACAAAGGUUUUAUCUGUGACGAACCAAAGGGGUCUUUGGUUGAUGCUCAUACAAAAUACACUAUACAUGAUAAUAAUUCAGGUGUGCUCCAGGAUAUAUUGGGAAGCAAAGUCGUUUUGUCAAACCUUUAUGACUCUCACCAAUCUUCUGACUUACGUGAAUUGAUAAGAGUGGAAAGUGCUCAUGACCGGACUACUAUGCUUGUUUUGCUAGGUCAAAGCCAGUUGGGAAUUUUGGAUGAAAGAAUGGACUAUUUUGUGUCUGCCAAGAAAACACUGGAUGGUGGCAAUGGAAGGGUGCCAUGCACAGGUUGACAUGGGAGAUUGCCGAAAAAUUAGAUUGCUGUUGUGGCAAUUCUUCCAUAGUAGCUUACUAGUGGCAGAGAACACAAAUGCAGCAGCUCUAGUUUGAGCCUUGAUCGUACAAGCACAGCAGCUCCACUUUGAGCCUUAAUUGUGUCUUAAAAAGAUAGUACACAUCAAAUUAAUACAGGUGCAUUGAUCCCAGGAUACAUCUGUCGCAUUAGGUUCAGAAACUUAUGCUGAACCUAUGCCAGCUUACAUCAAGAGGAUGUUGUGCCAGGAUCCACGAAUGGUGAUUAAAUUAAGUUAUCCAGUCAAUACUCCUACAGGUUUGUUUUUUGGGAGCUUAUCUGCUUUGCUAUAACGUUGGGAGAAAUUCAAGAAGUAAUAAACAACAAGGGUUAGGCCUAAUUUGCUCCUACUAAAAUGAAUGGCAUUUGACUGUAUUUCCAGGAGGUUAAAUUAUAUUGGCACUCCAAGUGGAAACCCAAAUGAUUUCUACAGCAUUAGUGAUUCAGAGGUGGGUGGAUUCAGGAAAUUAUUUCGUUGGUUGUAGUAUGACCCAAAAGAAAGAAUCUCCGAAGGCAAUAACCCCAUGACUACCAACCACAAACAGUUCCUCAUUGAGCGCGAGGACAGAACUCGACAAAAAUCCAACUUUGGAUAUGAGAAAUCGGCAGUGAUAUUGCAUGGGCGUGACAACUGAGCCCAUCUCUACUGCCCACUCUGUCUUCUCAUCAAGAUCGAUGGAGCCUUCUCCAAAACCUCUCAGCUGAUACACUUCUGAUGUAUAUUGUGGAGAAGCAAAAUAAUUAGAGGUGUCGAUCCAACCAUGCCAUCUCAGUGAUGCAGCCGACAUGGCCUAUUAAUAAAUGGGAUGUGUUGUCUAAAUAUAUUGCUCAUUCAAUCAAAAUAUCAGUGAGAUCAAUUUGAUGUCGCUUGGUCUGAAUGAAAUGACUCCCCCACUAUUUCAGAGUAAGCAAAACGCAAAUGAAGUGAAAGAAGCGCACCACUCUGAUUUGAUGCUUACGUUUACCCCGAAGUGAGAAUAGGUGAGAGAGCAGAUUACAUGUGAAUCGAGAUAUUAUCCAAUUAAGGUGGAGGCUAGCAGAUUAGUGUAAAAGGAAGAGAAAGAUAAAAGAUGAACAGGAAUUUUAAUUAUUUCUUCUUCCAAUUUGUGAUUGAGUAUGAUCCAUCUUUCUACUAUUUGAGCCUCCAGGUAAAUCUGUAAAUGGGGUGUAUUUGCUACGAGUGACAGAAAUUAUAAAUUAAUAUGAAAUCAA